AUGUGCAUAUUAGAUCCAAACAGAAGUUGGGAUCUAUUUUGCAACAAACUCUCUCCCAAAGAGCUUAGAGCACCAAAAUUUGUAGAAAUUGCCAAACAUGUUGUGAAUGAAUGCGAAGGGUUGCCACGGUUAAUUGUUGCAAUUGCAGAGUGUUUGUCUAAAUGCGGUUACAUUUUAAAGGAAUGGAAGAAGAUUGAAAAGGAAGUCGAGACAUUGGGACCUCUGUACAAUGAUGCCGAGCACUUAAGCUUUAAAAUCAAUGUGAAAAGGCUUAUUAGGAUAUGGAUUGCUGAGGGAUUUGUGAGGCAAAUGGAGUGUAAGGGAUUUGGGAGGCAAUUGGUGAAGGAUUUAGAAGAGGAAGGUUGCUGCUAUUUAGAUGGUCUUGUUCAUAGUGGUCUAGUCUCAAUCAGCAAAUGGAAACAUAAGAUGACUAAUGAAUAUAGAUCAAUUGCAAACAUUAUCGUGGGUUAUCCAACUCAUUUCACAGAAGAGGUGUAUAGGAAGUUCCCAAACUUAAAAUAUCUGAAGGUUUUCUAUAAAGGUGCCUUUGAGCCAAGUAGCAGCCCUGGAUCUUACAAAAACCCCACCGUCAAUUUGGAUUAUAUUAGGUGUUUCUCGAUGCUCGAGACACUUACGGUUAUAGUCCCUGCAAACAACAACAUUGGAUCCUUGCAAUGCUGUCAACAGUUUGAGGAUAAAAUGUUUGGUCGUGACGGUUCCUUUGCAAGGAUAAAGGUUGAUUUACUCCACCAAGUCGGGGCACAAAAUCGAAUAGUUGUCCCAAUUUUUGGAGCCCCAGGGGUUGGAAAGACUACUUUAUGUCAAAAACUGUAUGCAGAUGAAAAGGUUGUAUCAUGUUUUGACAUUCAAGCUUGGGUUACUAUUCCGCGGCAAAGAUACAAUGCCCAACAAUUAUUGUGCCACCUUCUUCAAUCAAUAAGCCCAACCUCCAAUGAAAUUCACAUGGGAAACACCGUUUCUCAGCUAAAAGAGCAACUCCACAAACACUUGAAAUGCAAGAGAUAUUUCAUUGUUUUGGAGGAUGUCCCUAACACUCUGGUUUGGGAUGAUAUCCAACCAUGUUUCCCAGAUGACUCAAAUGCAAGCAGGAUAUUGCUAACCACUCUUUCCGGUGAUGUGGCUAAGAACAUUAGCACACCUGCCUUUCACAUCUCUUUCCGAAAUUUCAGUGAAAGUUGGGAUCUAUUUUUCUACAGAUAUUCUCGCAAUCAGUAUGUGUAUAUGGCACCUAAAUUUAAAGAAAUUGCCAAGAGUCUUGUUGAGGAAUGCAAAGGAUUGCCACGCGCAAUUGUUACCGUUGCAGACCGUCUAUCUAAAUGCAACUACACGGUGAAGGAAUGAAAGAAGGUUGAAAAAGAAUUACUGUCAUUGGGAACUCUACAUAGAGAUACACAACACUCAAGUAAGCUCGCUGACAUUUUCAAUCGUUUGCCACAACACUUAAAAGUUUGCUUUCUAUACUUUGCCGUCUUUCCAAAAAAUAGUCAAAUCCAAGAGGAAAGACUUAUUAGGUUAUGGAUUGCUGAGGGGUUUGUGAAGUCACUAAGGUCGUGCCUGCCAUUAGAAGAUAUAGCUUACAAUUAUUUAGAGGAUCUUAGAAGUAGAGGAUUAGUAACAAAAAGUAGUGGAUGAGAAAGCUUGCAGACCAAAGACUAGUUAUGGGAUACAUGUUGACAUGCAUAGCUUUUGCGUACAAGAAGCUCAAAAAGAGAGUCUUUUAUGUGCCGUAAAUGGUCAACAAUGUAUUGGAUGGCCACUAGACAUACUUGCAAAUUCAUGUUGUUGGUUAAGUUUACGCUCACAUAUUUUGGACUAUCAUGUGUUGUUUAGAUCAAAUAUCUCUCACUCCCUUUUCUUCUUUCAGAGAGAUUAUGAAAUGUUUAUAGCUUUCAAACAUCUAAGAGUUGUGGAUUUGAGUCAAUCUCGAAUGCUCAAAGGAGUGGCAUUGCCCUUGAGGAAUUUAGUUUUCUUAAGAUAUCUAUGGGUUCCACAAUGGUUUGAGAGCCUUGAUGAUGUAGUCUCAACUAAUUCGAAUUUGCAAACCCUUAUUGUUUCUGGCAUUGAUGAACCAACAACACUCAGAGCACCUACCCUUCAUUUGACAUCCAAAAUUUGGGAGCUGCAACAUUUAAGGCAUCUCGAAAUUGGGGAUAUGUAUAUGGUAGAUCCUCCAAACAUGGUUAAAGAGCAUUUGCAAACAUUAGUUUGUGCGAUGCCAAUUCAUUUGAGCAAAGGAGUGUAUUAUGGCAGGUUUAAUUUCCAA